UUGACUUGAUGAACCAGUGAUUAAUGUCUCCUGUCUCUUCUAGGUCUAAGACUGCUGGGCAUCGGGAGGAACCAGUAUACUGACUUGAUGAACCAGUGAUUAAUGUCUCCUGUCUGUCUUCUAGGUCUAAGACUGCUGGGCAUCGGGAGGAACCAGUAUAUUGACUUGAUGAACCAGUGCAGGUCUUCCAAGAAAUUCUUCCGUAGGAAAACGGCGCAGACCUGCUCCCCUCCAAGCCAGUAGAGAUCUCUGUAGAGCCGUGGUGGGUGGCUCAGACCGGAUACAUCACAGAGGAUGACAUCAGGAUCUGCUCGGUGGCAGAGAGGAAGACGAUUGAUAAGCUGAUCGAUUCAGGACCCCAACUGGCCGGGUCGAUGGAGUACAAUGUGGUGCUGAGUCUGUACAACAGGGGAUACAUCUAUCUAGACGUGCCCAUCUCUGAUGACAGCUGCAUGUCAGUGCCCCCCCUGGAAGGCUUCGUGAUGAACAGGGUCCAGGGAGACUACUUUGAAACCCUUUUGUACAAAAUAUUUGUUUCCAUCGACGAGCAGACUAAUGUGUCAGAGCUGGCUAAUGUUCUGGAGAUCGACUUGGGCCUGGUGAAGGUAUGUAUCUACGGCGAUACAGAUCACACACUGUUAUAUUGUCCAUGGCGGCGGUCGCCAACCUUUUACGACUCAAGAUCACUUUCACAGUCAAGAAGCAAGCCGAGAUCUACCGCUCAGAAUCUUUUUAAAAACAUGACUUAAAAAUAUAUAACU